UGUUCAGAAGUAGGCGUCCCUGUAGCUGUUUCUUACUGUCGACUGUGAAUCGUUGCCUGUCGAACUCGGUGAAUUUCUUCAGCUUUCUCAGGACGGUUUGGUGAAAUGGCAGUGGAUGUAGAUGCAGAGCAGGACUUUGCAUCCAAGAAGAAGAAACCUUCCAAUGAUGAAGAUAAGAGGAGAGAGAAAAUUGUGCCUGGGAGUCUCCAGAAAGCAUUAAUGAGGCCUGGUGGUGGCACUGCAAAACCUGCUGAUGGUGAUCAGGUCAUAUUUCAUUGCACAGUUCGAACGCUUGAUGGAGUUAUUGUUGAGUCCACAAGAUCACAGUAUGGAGGAAGGGGUAACCCAACGAGGCUUGUCUUGGGGAAAAGCAAGAUGAUUCUGGGAUUGUUGGAAGGAAUUCCCACCAUGUUGAAGGAUGAAAUAGCAAUGUUCAAGAUGAAACCUGAAAUGCACUAUGGCGAAGCUGAUUGUCCGGUUGCAGUUUCAGGGAGCUUUCCCAAGCAUGAUGAACUUCAUUUUGAGAUUGAACUGAUAGAAUUCUUCAAAGUGAAGGUCAUCAGUGAGGAUUUGGGAGUUCUGAAGCAGGUUUUAAAUGAAGGGCAGGGGUGGGAAUCUCCUAGGGAACCUUAUGAAGUAAAAGCUAGGAUUUCUGCAAAAACAGGAGAUGGAAAAAUGAUUGUAUCACACAGUGAGGGCGAACCUGUUUUCUUUACUUUUGGAAAAGCUGAGGUACCAAGAGGGCUUGAGAUGGGAAUUGGAACAAUGGCACGGGAAGAGAAGGCAAUAAUAUUUGUUACCAAACGUUACUUGACUCAUUCCCCCCUUUUGCCAGAGGUGGAAGGCUUUGAUGAAGUUCAAUUUGAAGUGGAGUUAGUCCACUUUAUUCAGGUGCGAGACAUGCUUGGUGAUGGCCGCCUUAUAAAACGUCGAAUUCGUGAUGGAAGAGGUGAGUUUCCUAUGGAUUGCCCUCUUCAUGACAGUCUUCUACGCGUCCAUUAUAAGGGCAUGCUUAUGAAUGAAGAAAGGAGUGUGUUUUAUGACACUAGAGUUGAUAACAAUGGUCACCCUUUGGAGUUCAGCUCAGGAGAAGGACGUGUUCCUGAGGGCUUCGAAAUGUGUGUUCGUCUGAUGCUCCCUGGGGAGAUGGCUCUUGUCACGUGCCCCCCAGAUUAUGCAUAUGACAAGUUUGCAAGGCCUGCGGAUGUUCCUGAGGGUGCUCAUGUUCAGUGGGAAAUUGAACUUCUUGACUUCAAAAUGCCGAAGGAUUGGACUGGUUUAAACUUCAAAAGUAUAAUGGAUGAAGCAGAAAAGAUAAAAAACACGGGGAAUUGUCUCUUCAAGGAAGGAAAGUAUGAGCUUGCUAAAGCAAAGUAUGAGAAGGUGCUUCGGGAAUUCAAUCAUGUUAAUCCACAAGAUGACGAGGAAGGGAAAAUAUUUUUAAAUUCAAGAAAUUCAUUACAUCUAAAUGUGGCUGCAUGCUAUCUAAAGAUGGGAGACUGCAGAAAAUCAAUUGAGGCUUGUAACAAGGUAUUAGAUACAAAUCCUGUACAUGUCAAAGCUCUAUAUCGACGUGGUAUGGCACACAUGGGAGCUGGAGAUUUCCAGGAUGCUAGGGAUGAUUUUACAACGAUAAUAAGCAUCGACAAAUCUUCAGAACCUGAUGCAACAGCUGCUCUUCUUAAGCUAAAGCAGAAGGAGCAGGAAGUUGAUCGAAAGGCACGGAAACAAUUUAAAGGAUUGUUUGACAAGAAGCCAGGAGAAAUAGCAGAUGUCACAAGUGAUGCUAAAGAGGACCAAAAUCCAGAGGAUGAGAAACGUUCAAGUGGUGAUCAAACUAAUUCAGAUGAGGACAAUGAAGAGGAACCUCAUAAAGCUGCAGGCCCUGUGCCUCCAAUGGGUAUAUUCUCCCGAUUUUGGCCUGCUGGCAGAAGAAUCUUCACGGCUCUUGGGCUAGAUGGGUGUACCAUUUUGUGAUGCCAUGUCAUUUUGGCAUCACGUUUCCAAAAUUUUCUAGGAUCGUUCCCUUGCCGAGUCAACUUGGCUCCAGCAGUUGUGAGCCAAGGUGCUUGAACAAAUUUAAGUUGUCAAAGGUAAAAAGGAAUUGCAAAUAUUGUCAUACCAGGGUCAAUUUGGAGUUGAAAUUUCUGGUAAUUGCAGAAUCAUGAAUCACAAGAUUUCUUUCUGUAG